GCACCGACCACCACACGACCGGCCAUUGGGAGCGGCCUCUGUGACUAAGACUUAGAAGUCUGCGAGUCACUCCUUUGGGGCGUGGCCAAGUAUUACCUAUAGGCGGGGCUAUGAGUUAGUGACGUUGAUGUGGGCGGAUAUAGAUGUUGGCAGGCGGCUCCCGGACUUGGGCAUUAGACGAGGUGUUAGCGGGCACGAUGUGGCACGUCGUAGCCGCCGGAUUUCUCUUCUUCCCCGGGCUUUACCAACUCAGCUGUCGAUGUGCCCGAAGGGCCCUGCCGGGGUGGGUGGAGGCCGAUUACGCGCUGUUCAGCUCCAGAGUUGUUUCCUGCGUUCAAGGAGCUCUUGCUGCUGUUUCUGGGAUAAUUGUUAUAACUUCCUGUAAAGAUGUGAAAUUUGACAGACACUGGCUGGCUACAACUUAUUUGUGGGUGUUCGUCCCAUAUAUGGUGUAUGACAUACAUGUUAUGUAUCUUCGCCACUGGUACAGGUGUAAAGACAGCAAGGUCUUAAAUGGGAAAGAUCACUUUUCCACUGCAAUGAACAGUCUUCUACAAAAAGAAUUCCUAAUGCUUGUUCAUCACAUAGCUACCCUGACAAUCCUUGUGCCAAUAGGACUGUUUUUAAGAGGAGAAAUUGGAGACUUUUUUGUCGGCUGUCUCUUAGUGGUUGAACUGAGCACGCCAUUUGUAUCAUUUGGAAAGAUUUUACUGCAGUUGAAUCUGCAGAACUCCUUAUUGCACAAGGUGAACGGUGCUUUCGUCCUAAUAACAUUUUUCACCUGCCGCAUCCUGCUGUUCCCGUUUAUGUACCACGCCUACGGAAAGCAGUUUGGGAUUCCAAUGUACAAAGUGCCUUUCAACAUUCCCCUGCAUUGCAACAUUACAAAUGCCGCCAUUUUGGCUCCACAGAUAUAUUGGUUCCGGCUUAUUUGCAGAAAGGCAAUAAGACUAUAUAGCAACUCCACCUCCAGCAAAGACAGAUAACGUUUAAUAUGUGUAAGCUGCAGUCAUGCUAUAUGUCUGGGUUUGUAUUUUGUAAGUAGAAGGGACAGGACUACUACUCCUUGACUAUGUUACAGCCUCACUAUUAAUGUAAGUGGAGCAGUCCUUCAAGUCAAGCUGUUGUCCUGUUCAUGGACAGUGACUACCUGAUAUGUAUUGAAACCAAAAUGUUAUGGAGUCUUGUUACAAGUUUCCUAGAUAGUAAAUCUCUAUAUUUUAGAUACAAAAGAUGGCUGUUUUAUGAAUCACAAUGUGAUUUUUUUUGUACAUCUACAGAAUUGCACUAUAUCUGUUAUUGGUAAUCUGAAGAGUAUUUGUUUUACACCUUCUUUUUAUUACAGUAAAUUUGAGAAAAUGUACAAUUUAAGAGAUGUUUAGUAAGAAUAUUGCUGACUUUUUCUGAAUAAAUAAGAAAUAGGUUGUCUUAACAUUAAGGGUAGGGUCACGUGCCGUAUUUUGCUGCUGCGUAUUUUCUUACCCAUUGAAGUCAAUUGGUAGCAAAAUCAAAUAUGCAAAAUACGGAAAUUGUGACCCUACCCCUAAAGGGGCAUUUCGGCAUUUAAAAAAAAAAUCGUAUGUUGCUAGGGCCUGGUUAAAAUAAAAUAGAACAAAAUAAAAUAGAGUUUAUCUAGCCCACCUCCCCCUCAGCUCCAUACAGUCCCUCACUCAGUGCAGGACCUGCAAUCACUGAACGAGACGGGACACUGCUUCAGCCAAUGAUUGGCUGAGCAGGCAGGUUGCACUAAGUGCUUGUCUUAGAAGCAGGAAAACAGAAGGUCUAUUUUCUGUUUUAAACCUGACCCCAGCAACAAAGGAUUUAAAAAAAAAUAUGUCAAAAUACCCCUUUAAAGAGCUAUGCGGAUGUCCCCAAAUAAUUCAUAUAUUGCUGAGUCUAGUGGAAAAAAGUAUAAAUGAUACUUAUGUAUCCCUGGUACCCCGCUGCUCAUCUUUUCUCUGUGCUUUCUAGACCAGAGGUCAGAGUAGGGCCUGCCUGCUCAGCCAAUCACUAGUAGAGACCGAACCCCUCUGUGGCCAUUAAUUGGCUUAGUGGGCAGGCCCUGUUUUGACCUCUUGUCUUGGAAGCAUGGAGAAGGGAGGAGCACCGGGGAAACAUAAGGAAGCGAUAGGAGAGCUUAUAGUGCAGGGGACCAGGGGUUGGUAAUGUCAUGUUAUUUGUGUAUCAUUUUUUUAACCAGCUCCAGCAAUAUAUAGCAUUUUAGAGAGAGGAUGGGGAACAGUUUUGCCAUUGAAGACACCUAAAGUGAAACUGACAGAUGGAUCAACCCCACUAACCUGAAUACACAGGUGGUUAGUGUGGGUGAUCCUGAGUAAAGCAAUGUAUUCCUUACCCCAAUCUUUUUAUCUGUUCCCAAGAUAUAUAACAAUCUGGCAAUAGGCAAAUCAAUUCUUAACUACACCAUGAGCAGGUUUAAAGAUUAUCUGCACCUAUGACAGUGUCCCUUGGGUCCCAUUUAUGCUGCCCAGCUCCUCAAUAUUCAUCUCCUUUGUCUCCUUAAUAAGUGUGCCGGUGCGAACAGGACCUAGGGGGAUGCCGUCAGAGGUGCAGAUAGUCUUCAAGUGCAGUUAACAGUUCAUUUGCAUAUUUCAAGAUUGUGUUCUUGGGAACGACUGAACGGAUUGGGGGGUAAAGAAUACAUAAUUUUACUCAGGAUCACCAACACUAACCACCUAUAUAUUCAGAUUAGUAGGAGGUUGAUCCAUCUCUACUUUUAUUUAGUUCGUAUUUAAUAGAUUUUGAUAGCAAAUAAUGUACAAUUGUCAUUGACUGUAAAAGGGAGUUAGGCUUCUUUCACACUAUUGAAAAUCUCCGUUACAAACAGACGUUAAGGCUCUUUUUUUUUUUGCCCUUAAUGUCCGUUAUUGCAACUGAGCCUAACGGGAGGCAUAAUGGGCACAGAGAAUUCAAUUCACUUGAAUGGGAUUCUCUAACUUCUGUUAUUGCACCAGUUAUUCCUCCGGAAGAUAGUGGUAGAAAAAGACGUCCCAAGCACAAUUUUUUUUCCUCCCACUAUCUUCCAACUGACGGGCAGUAGCGGGAACUUUCUAUAGUGUGAAAGUAGUCCAAGCUAUAAAAAACCCCUGUGUAUCACUAUGUAUGAUGUGUUUUGGUUUACAUGGGAUUUAUCAGAAGAUUUAUAACAGGUGUCUCGGUUAUCUGAUUUAUUUUACCAAAGCAUAUUUAGGGUAAAAACCCAGAGACUUUGGUCAAAUUAAAAUUACUAUAUACCUAGCAUGGUGGUAAUCAGAAUAGCCAGGAACUAUUCACCAGUAAUUAUGUUUCCUGAGCCAUGACAGCACCACCUGAGAGAGGGACUCCACCCCUUGGGACAGACAACCUGGAGGAUAAAAGGAAAUACCCUCCUCUCCAACCUAAGUGACUUUUCUACACCAAAAAAAGGCUCUAAACCUAAAUUUGCCCCAUACCUGACAUUAAUACCCCACAUGAAGGCAUGAGCAAGAUACACUCACUCAAGUAGUCAUCCAGGAGGUACUGUGGCUGGGGUCUUUGCUGAAAAUUUAGCAGUCCUGCUUUGAGUCUUUCUUGGCUAUACUCAUGGUGUCAUCUCAUUUCUUUCAUGCUGUCACUUUCUGGAACAAAACAAAUCGACAUGGAGACCUUAUAAAGCACAGGGUGCUGCUUAAAUACCAUCAAGCAGCCCUCUGCAUGACGUCUGACAUAAUUUCCCAUGGCCCUGUAAAACGUCUUCCUACUGCGCCGGGCGGCUGACGUCAUUUCCAGCCGCACGUGCAUGCUGGGUCUUUUCAUGUCACUACCAGGGUCCCUCACUGCAGGACCGAAAAACAUGUGCCUUGAUGACCGGGCCAAUACUCCGAAAAAUCAUGCAACAAUCAUCCGACCCUGCCUUGGGACCACCAGCCAUGUUCCCUUGCACCACAACCCAGGUACCAUGGGCUCUUACAAGAGAUAGGUACACGAAACUGUGGAGUAAGGCUAGACCUCCCCCCCCACCUAGGGGAGUCUGUUAAGGCUUUGUGUUCCCCACAACUCUAGGAAUAAUCUGGCAACCCACCAGCUGUGUAAUAAAAUCCCACCUGAGACAGGGACUACUGCUUCAGACCAGGCUUCCAAGGGACUGGAAACCACUGAAGCUGGAGAGGAGGGUACUUCCUUUUAUCCUCCUGGUUUCCUGUCCCUAUGGUUUCUUGCCCCCUUUCAGGUGGUGCUGUCUUGACGAAAGGUAGGUAACACUAAAGCCAGAUGUAUGAAAAAAAUGUAUGAUCACUAUUGCUACAAUUUACUGCUUCUUAGCUGACAAGCCAAUAAUUGAAAGUGUACAGCCACUGGAAAGAUCGCUGGAUUGUUUGUGUGGCUGUUCACUUUGAUAGCUGUCGGCAGCAUGUCCUUGGUUUACGUGGAGACGUGCAGAGUACACCUGCAUGAUCUCAGAGAUCAGCAGAGGUAUGAGCAUUCUCCUUCCUGCUGGAUCCACUUCUGGUUUUGGUUAAAGAAAAAUGCAUUAUUUUUCCCCAAAAAUGUUGUGUGUGUGAAAUCACUUUUUAACAUUUUUAAGUAGAUAAAAAAGGCACAUAUUCAGUGAAAACCACCACUGAAAAACCAGGUAAAAUGUGUGUGACUGGUCUACUGGUACUGGUGGUAAAUCUUAAAUGAGGAAUGCAAAAAUGGCUUCUGAAUGUUGGCUAGAUCAAGCUGGUAACUUUCUGUAAGGUUGUGUCCACACUAUGAAAAUCCAACAAGGAAUCCACCGUGGAUCAGUAAUCCUUCUGCAUGGAAAUCUAAAAUUAUCUGGAUGCGGCACUUAUGUCUGCGGCAAUCUGCUGUGGACACAAGCUCUGUCCCAUAGACAGAUGGGGCUUUUCUGGUGGAUUCUACUGGAGGAUAAAACGUGUUUAGUUUUCUGCCAGAAUCCAAUUCCUCAUCGGAAGUUAUGUCGUGGACCUUCCGACGUGUGAUCAGAGCAGCAGAAUGGCAAUAAGAUCAAUUGAAGGCUGCUGCAAGCAAAUUUCACAUGGAAUCUCCGUAGUGUGAACAGGACCUAAAUGUUCUGAUAUACAGUGGGGCAAAAAUGUACUUAGGCUGCAUUCAUACCUCGUUUUCAGCCCACGGUUGCCGGAUACGGCUGGGGGGAGGGAAAACCGGGCGCUCCCAUACCCCAGCCGGACCGGUGCUGAAAUCCAUUUACUUUAAUGAACUGACCGGAGUCAAACGGUAACUCCGGUCUGCUCAUUUUUGACCCGUAUCCGGUUUUAUGACCGGACCUAAAACCGUAGUAUCUCUCCUGGGGUCACAUUUUAGGGUCCUUCUGUUGUGCUGAGGUGAAAGGCAUUACUGGGAAAUGAUCUCUACUGAGCAGGAAAUUAUCUCUACUGAGCUUGGUUUUAGGCCUAGUGGCCUGAAUGGAAAACUUCUUAUAAAUUCUAUAGUAAAAUGGAGAAAACUCACCAUAAAUAUGGUUAACAAAGAAACCGAUUUAAACAAUGUCAUUUUUUUUUUAACUGCAAUAGGUCAUUUUCCGAUGAUACACUCCCUUUAAAGGCUUGUACAUGUUGGCAUGUCCAUAGUUCUGCUCCAUCACAGUUCAGGAACAGCAAAAAUAAUGUCAGUGCAGAAUCUGUCAUAUGAAAGACCAUGCAGAGCUGUAGUUAGCUCCUUUUGCGCCCGAGGCAAGAACAAAUUGCGCACCCCUCCCCCAUUUGGACUCUGGGCACCCCUCAGGAAAAAAAUAAAUUGCGGGCCACCCCUACCGAAUUAUUUUUUUAAUAUGUUUCUUAUAUAGAUUACAGUUUUUAUACAGGUUUUAUGCAGCGACUCACAAAUGACAUUCACUUAUCGGAGUCAUUUUUUUUUUCUUCCCCAUCUGGCCCAGGACAUCAUGAUAAUCUGUUCCAGCCAAAACUCUUCAGGUCAGAACCUGCAACACAAACAUAUUAGGCUCUGCACUUUUCCAGCAUUAUCCUCCCCUUAUGACUCCAGCCUCCUCCAGACAAUGCCACCAGCCUUCCCACAACGCACAAGGGGGGAGAUUUAUCAAAACCUGUGCAGAGGAAAAGUUUCCCAGUUGCCCAUAGCAACCAAUCAGCUUGAUUCAUUUAUUUUUAACAAGGCCUCUGCAAAAUGAAAUAAGCAAUCUGAUUGGUUGCUCUGGGCAACUGGGAAACUUUUCCUCUGCACAGGUUUUGAUAAAUCUUCCAGCCUCACUCAAAUGCCUCCAGCCCCCCCCCAACAAGCACACACAAUGUCUCCUGCCUUACCCACACAAUGCCUCCAGCCUUACCCCACAGGGGUGACAGAAGGGUGUAGAGGGGUGUAGAAUAGUGAAAGAAGGGUGAGGGUGCACUACCCGAAGCUGAGUAGGCCUCUGUCAGUGCCGCCCCUGCUUCUCCCCCCCCCCCAUCCCCAUCAUUCUGCUGAGGGACCAGGGAGAAUCCAGAGUCCAGAGCUGCUCCACAGGAGAGGGAGGAUACACGAGGAUUGGAGUUGCAGCAUCACCCGUCCCGACACUGCACAUAGACUUCCCUCUCGCCCAGCAUGCACGCCUUUGACUCACAGGUGCGCAGGCCUGGGCAGGAAAAUCAAAAAAAUUUAGGGCUAUAUUUCCCACCCGAGUGUUGGGAAUCAAUGCCUCAGUGUAAUGUGUGCUGGACUUCCUGUGCAAGCAGGUGCAGCGGCCAAGGCCAAUGCAGCCCCGGCCACUGCGCCCCCUUGCAACAGCGCACCUGAGGCAAUCGCCUCACUCGCCUCAUGGGAGCUACAGUCCUGAGACCACGUUUAUGGGACCUGGUGGGUUUCCAUCAAGGUCACUUUCAUUUUACUGCUCAAAGUUAGCACUUCUUGCUGACAUUUUUGGCAUACAAUGGGGCCUUUUCCACAUCACAUAACUAUAUGGUUGACACUUUCCAAAAUGAGGAAAAUUAGCAAACAAAGCAUUCUGGAAAAUAAACUAUAAAUCCUGCAGAAUUCUGAAUACCACUUGGGACUGUUCCAGAGGCCGUAAAUCAGGAUCAGUACAAAAUAAGCAAUGCAAUGUUUUUACAAAGUCACUCCAAUUUUUAUGUAGAUUCUACACUGUGGAAUAGUGGAGCAGUUGCCCCUAGCAACCAAUCAUCGCUUCUUUCAUUUUUAAAAAGACCUCUGAAAAAUGAAAGCUGGAAUCUGAUUGAUUGCUUUGGGCAACUGUUCCACUGUUCCUUUAAACAUUAUUUUACUGUUUAUCAAACCUUGUUUAAAGAUGAAAAUAUGUUAUAAAUAAUAUAAUUAUUAUAAUAUGUUAUAAAAAUAUAUUUACAAUGUAGUCGAGUGGUUUGCCAAUAUCAUGAAUGUCGCCAGAUUUGCAAACAAAAUUGAUGUUGUAUUUUUAUGAUACUGCAGGUAUAGUCAGCUCACAUAGGGUGCGGUGCACAGACACUCUCAGCAAAACAGUAGACACAUGACAUAAGCUGGCACUUCUUAAAAGGGGUACUUCAGUGGAAUAAUUUUAUUUAUUUUUUUAAAUCAACUGGUUUCAGAAAGUUAUACAGAUUUGUAAAUUAUUUAUAUUAAACAAAAAUCUUACUUAUCAGCUGCUGUAUGCUCCAGAGGAAAUUGAGUAGUUCUUUUCAGUCUGACCACAGUGCUCUCUGCUGACACCUCUGUCCAUGUCAGGAACUGUCCAGAGCAGGAGAGGUUUGCUAUGGAGAUUUGUUCCUACUCUGGACAAUUCCUGAAACAGACAGAGGUGGCAGAAGAGAAUUCUGUAGUCAGACAGAAAAGAACAACUCCAACCCAUUUGUAAAUUACUUCUAUAAAAAAAAAAAUCUUAAUCCUUUAAGUAUUUAUCAGCUGCUGUAUGCUAUAGAGGAAGUUAACUUCCUGGAGCCAGUUGAUAUAUAAUUCUUUUCCACCGGAGUACCCCUUUAAAAUCUCGUUCUUUUUUUUUUAGAUGAAUGAAACAAAUACCUUCACAUAAAAUCAUGUAGCCAGAACAAAGGUUGACAUGUUUCGGAACAGCUCAUCCUUUAAAGGGUAGCUCCCACCAUCCUAUUUUUUUCUUUUCUGUCCCUGCCUAUUGCCCUUCUAUCACUAACCCCCUCCCUGCUUUUAAUUUUAAUUUCUACUAUAUUAAAAAUGCUUUUUGUCUGCCUGGCAGUGUGCUCACUACCAGGCAGACUUCCCCAGCAGGCACCACGUCACUGAUGCCUGCUGGGGGGGGACUUCCGCCCUUAGUUCAUCUACACAGGGUGCCUCUAGCUGUUUCAUCACUACAACUCCAAGCUUGCCCUGACAUCUAUUGGCUGUCAGGGCAUGCUGGGAGUUGUAGUAUUGAAACAGCUGGAGGCACCUGUGUAGAUAAACUGUUAGUUACAUGCGGCGCUAGCCCGUCCCCUCUGUCUCCUCCCGCCCCCGUGCCAUACCCCGUUCCCUCCAUCACAACACCCCCCCCCCCCCCCAUUACACUUACUGCAGAGUCCGGCAGCGGGCGUGCAGGGACAGCGGCGGCAAUGAGGAGGCGGCGGCGGCGAUGUGCGGGAGGA